ACCUAUUGGUCUAGAGAAUGGGAUUGAUUUUUGGGCUUGGAAGUUUACGGAGAAGGGAGAAUUUUCGGUCCGGUCUGCUUAUCACACUUUCCACAAAUCGAUGGGGGGAGCAGCAACCCCACUUAGUAAUGACAUCUCAGAGUUUGAUAAAGAUCGGUGGAAAUGGAUCUGGAGCUUGUCCCUCCCACCGAAACUGCAUUACUUCAUUUGGAGAUGUGCUAAAGACCUCAUAGCUACGAAAAGCAAUUUGAGAAGAAGGAAAUGCUCUCCAAAUACUAUAUGUCCUUGUUGUUAAAGCCCAGAUGAGUCUCUCCUUCACUGUCUUUUCCUGUGUGACCAUGCGGCUAAUACUUGGAACAGAUUCUUUCCUUCCCUUCCAUUCCCUUCGAGUUCUUCCUCUUUCUUUGGUUGGUUUUGCAGUUUGAAGGACAGCCUCGCGCCCUCGAGCAUCCUCCAACUUGUGUUUCCGUGCUGGAAUAUUUGGAAAGCGAGGAAUGAGCUUGUGUUUAGGGAAUGCACUCCAUCACCGUACAAUACGUGCAUCAAAGCUUGCCGAGAGUGCUAGGAGUGGUCUACGUGUCCCAAGAGGCCAGUUGUGGGUCAUCUUGUUCAGAGUCAGCCCAGAGGGCCCCGCUCUCAUCCCUGUUCACCGCCAGGCAAUCCCGUUUUGGAGAUUCACUGUGAUAGAUCAUUUCUACAUGAUUCCCAGGAGGCGGCCUAUGGUAUCGUUAUCAUCAACAACCACGGACAGAUUUGUGACGGACGAGCUGACUCAGUACUUUGCUCUUCACCGAUGGAGGCUGAAGCUUGUGCUCUUUUGGAAGGUUUGAAGCUAGCUCAAGAAUACAAUAUCCGGUGUGUGGUCAAGUCCGAUUGUGAGGUCUUAGUGAAAGCCCUCUCCUCCUCUCCCUCAUCUUGGCCAUGGCGUUGCUCGGCAAAGCUUGCAAUGAUGUGUGGGAUUCUAAGAACAUCUAAUCUUAUCAAGGUGGUGGCCAUUCCGCGCCGCCUUAACGUUCGAGCUGAUUGGGUAGCCCGUGGAAAGGCACACUCCACUCUUCCACAAGAUUGGAUAACUAUUCUUGAUCUUAUCUCAAACUCUAUCACUUGAGUGUAACGCUUUACCUUUGUUCGGUUAAGAAAUGAAAGUAUCUUAUUGUCAAAAAAAAAAAAAAGGAAUUCAGGAUCAUAGUAAAGUGUGACUUGAAGA